AUGCCAGUCCGCUGCUCUUCCCUCCCCACGGGCGUUCGCCUGGCCCUCCUCAACCGUUCUUCCACCUCCCGGCAACAUCAUCAGAAGCAGGGCUUCCACACGACCUCGCACCUCCGCCAUGAUGCGGCCGCAAUUGACAGUUCGAGGAAUCAUUACGAGACCUUGAACCUCGCGCCCGGCGCCUCCCCGGCCGAGAUCAAAAAAUCCUUCUACAGCCUCUCCAAGACCCACCACCCGGACCUCAACCGAGCCGACCCAAGCUCCUCGAAGCGCUUCAUGCGCAUCUCCGAGGCCUACGGCACGCUGUCCUCGCAAGAAAAGCGCGCCAAGUACGACCGCGACGUCUUGGGCCUGCACCGCGGCGUCUCGGCAGGCCAUCCCAGCGGCUCCUUUUCCUCGACCAACCCGGCCGGCGGCCGACCCGCCACCGGCCUGUCGCGUCGCCGUACCGCGUUCCGGGGCCCGCCCCCGAGCUUCUAUCGCAGCGGCGGCUGGGGCGCCCACGAGGCCAAGCGCAGCGCCGCCCAGGAGGAGAGCACCGGUGGUGCGUCAUCUGGCAAGGGGCGUACCCGGGACCAUCACAAUGAUGGCUCCUGGAUCAACGAGAAUGCUGGCAGCGCCGGCUUCGGCUUUGGUGCCGGGGGCAUGGGUCCGGGACAGGACCCAUUUGGCCACCGAGGCGAUGUGCCGCAUUUUGACCGCGAGAGUCACGAGAAGACGCAGCGCAACACCGAAGAACAUCGAACGCGCAGCUGGCGCCUGCGGAUGGGUGGCCGGGAUCGCAUUGAGAUAGAAACCGACAGAGGCCCAACAGGCAUGUUUUUCGUCAUUGGCGGAGUGCUGUUGAUCAGUUUUAUGGGGCCUUACUUCUUCAGUCGGUCCUGGGCAGAUCGAGGAAAGAAGAAAGGGACCGCAAGGUCAUGA